AUGGAAACGGUGACUCAGAACAGUGAUCCGGACAGCCCCAACCAGCAUCACGUGAACCAUCACAACCACCACAACUCUCGAGUGGUUGUAGAGGCGACGCCUGUAAAGUACGCCAGCUACGACACUACCAGAGGUUACGUAGUAUCGAAUAACAAAUGUUUAGAUGUAGGCUGGCCGUAUUCUGUGAGUCCGUCGUCUGGAAUCAUCCAGCCUGUGCAAGUUAUGAGCACGCCACAGCUGGAACUCAGCGGAAGUCCUCAUAAGGAGACUAUCAAAAAACAUUCGUCUUCGCCUCAGCAUCAACUAAUCACUCCGAAAAUCGAAGAAAUUAAACAAGAUACGCCGCUGAUGCAGUCACAAGACAGUCCUGGAACCCACCACAUCAGCACGCCACAGCAUUUUUCUCCAAUUCCUACCAGCAAUCAAGGGGACAUUCCCAGCAGACAAACUGUACUAAUGUGGGGAUCUCACAACUCCACCCCAGUGAACAGUCGAAGCCCUUUGAGCGAUGGUACUACUUCGCAGGACUACCAACAUCAUCAAAUCAACACAGUUCCGGUCACUGUCAAUCAUCAAAUUACAACGGUCCAAGUAACGGAUGAACAACACUCCAUUGAAUCUUUAAAAGGUUUAACUGAAAUCAACAGCCACCAAUGGAACGGUGCCGAGGAUACCAGAAAAAUGGAAACGGUGACUCAGAACAGUGAUCCGGACAGCCCCAACCAGCAUCACGUGAACCAUCACAACCACCACAACUCUCGAGUGGUGAUGGUUCUAUGAUGAAUUUGGUGGUCUUCCUGUACAUAUCUAGGUUUUGUUCAAUUUUUGGGACAUGUGUCUGUAUCAAACAAAGAAUAUACCAAAAAUAUAAUUUAAAAAUAAUAUAAACAAGAAUGGUUUAAUGUUAUACAGAGAUUUCAGUAAUUCUUUAUCAAAAAAUAUUGAUAAUUGAUAUUAAUCUUUAUCAAAAAUAUUGAUCAUUGACACGCAACUUUGCCCCAAUUUCGAGAAUCAAACUAUUCUUCUUCUAUUUUCUUAUGAUACAGGCACAUUUCCUCUAUACAGGGUGGCUUUAUAUUAAAUAAUAACUGGUAAUUGUAAUACACGUCUACCCUGUAUAAAAAAUUUAAUUUAUACAUAUUUAUAAAUAGAUUAUUUGUUAUAAAUAUAGAGAGCGUGAGAACGUUUAUGAAUGGGUGAAUUACAUUGUUCCAAUUGUAAGAAAAAUACUAAU